UCUCCCCCGUCUUCUCCUCUCGCCUUCCAUCGUCUCCGGCGACUCAAACCCCCAUAAUCUAUGGCCUUCCCUUUCUUUAAACCCUAAUUGGAUUUCUCUUGUCGGAUCUUGAAUUCCCGUGAUGGGGAAGGAAGCCGAAGACAGCGACUUCGACCGCCUUGCCGCCGAGGACGGCUGCGACGGGGACGAGGGAAGGGUCCUCGAGUGGGAGAUCGGGCUCCCCAGCGCCGACGACCUCACUCCGUUGUCCCAGUCUCUUAUCUCUCCGGAGCUCGCCUGCGCCUUUAGUAUCAAGACGGACCCCCCAAGAACCCUGCUCGACGUCCACCGCGCCUCCCAGCACACCGUCUCCAACCUCCGUCGCCACGCCCCGUCGUCCUCCUCCUCCUCCACCUCUGUCCUCAGAUCCUUCGAACCUUUCCCCUCCCCUGCCUCCGCCGCCGCCGCCGCCGCCGAUGACCCCAUGGUUCUUGAGGGCGACGAUCCUGCCGGCAAGGACGGCCCUGGCGAGUCCUCGCGCAAGGUCCCUCGGUCGGAUGCCUCUCCAUCCGGCACCGCCGCCGCCGCCAUGGAGGAGACCUACUCCUCUGCUCCACGGCCGGAGAACUCCAACGACGAUCACUCUGCGAGAACUCUCAAGCGCCCCCGCCUCGUUUGGACCCCGCAGCUCCACAAGAGGUUCGUUGAUGUCGUCGCCCAUCUUGGCAUCAAGAACGCCGUGCCGAAGACCAUCAUGCAGCUGAUGAACGUCGAGGGGCUGACGAGGGAGAACGUCGCGAGCCAUCUCCAAAAGUAUCGCCUUUAUCUCAAGAGGAUGCAGGGGCUUCCGGACGACGGGCCGUCGUCCUCCGACCAUCUGUCUGUCUCCAAGCCGGUGCCACAGAGCUUGCACGAGCCUCCAGUGCCGGUACCCAUGCCCUAUGCGGUGCCGGCAAUGAUCCCGAUGCCGGUAUUUGGCAUGGCUCAUCUCCAUGGGCAUGGAGGUCCUGUGGGGAUGGUGCCAGUCAAUAACCACCAGAAUAAUGGAGCGUAUCAUGGAUUUGAGUCACACCAUCCUUGUGGAACUUUCGAGGAGUAGCACAAGGACUGGUCUGGUGGUAACAAGUUUGGUUCAAUUGUUUCAUAUCCUCAUGCUACGCCCAGUGAUAAGCAACAGAGAAAUAAAAACAAUUGUUGACUAAAUUUCUCCAGAGAGGCAUGGCAGAAUGACGCUCUGCCUUGUUAUGUUCUGUUGUGUGGCGAGCUUAUUCUCCUGAUACUUUAACCAAUUUGGUUUUGCAUUAAUAUGUCCAGUGCCUGGUUUUAGGAGCUUAUCUGGAGGAUCGCGUGCAAGACUAUUCUAUGCGGUUGUUUUAUCUCCACGGGAUUACCAUAUUUUCAGUCAUGCGCUGCUUUUCAAUAGUGUCUGAGAUGAUUGCCUUCUUUUACUACCAGCUCGCAAUGGCAAUGGAUGUGGCUAUUACUGAUCGGUGAAGAUUGAAAAAUGCCAGACCCAAACAACUGGAUUAACCUUAGUUGUUAUGGUUGUGGUCAUAACUUUUGAAGGUGAAUUUUUGAACUUCUGUUAGCAAUAUGAAAGUUAGGCCACAGGCUUAUAACUUGUGGCUGUUAAAGCUAGAAGUAUGCAUUUAGACACGCUGCAACAUCCAUGAAGAUAAAUGUUAAACUACUACAAGUAUGCUUGUCUAAAUUCAUGCCAGGACAAGUUGAUGCUUCA